UUCAAACGACACCGUCGCGUCUCGUCGUUUCAAUAUGGCGACGACAUCAUCAGCGACCGAACAGCCUCACUGCGGGCUCAGCAAUGAGAACCAGGAAAAUGUGGCAGCACCAGAACGACAUAAUCAAAGGCUCGGCGAGAAAAAUGAAACCCACGAUGGCCUCACAGCUGCACCAUAUCCUGUCACUCCUCCUCGACAGACUCUUUCUUCAGCGACAGCAACACCUGGACUACGCUCUUCGAGCUCGGAAAGCACAAUGAGGAACUCGAGACAAUCAACCUCUCCGCCGCAAGGCAUCAUCUUGGUUGAAACAACCUACACUGUCGAAGAGCUACCCGCCGACAUGAAUCCAACAGCAAGCCAAAUGACUCUGUAUGGCGACUCGACUCCCUUUUACGAGGUUACUGUAACUGCUGCGUCGAAUUUGGCCCGGCAGCUGUUCGAAACGACCCCGUUGGACGGUCCAGCCGGCAACGAGCGCGAGCCUAAAACUCGACCAACCAAGAGAUGGAUGUACGCUGGCAUAGUCCUGGCUUUGAUGAAUUUGGUGACUAUCGGAAUUGACACCAUGGUUGCAGUCUGGAUGCCAAAUAUGCUCUUCGACUGGGACGUCGUCGGCUUCGAGUGGGCUUUCGCUGGUCCUGCCAUUGGCGCGUCUGCAACCAUCCUCCUCGCCGGUCAACUCUACGCUGUCUUCCCGUUCAAAGUCAUCUACCUCCUUUCGGCAUUCCUCGUCCUUGCUGGAACAAUCUCAGCCGGCUUCGCCCAACACAUGGCGUUUCUGUUCUGGACACGGAUCCUCGUCGGCGUCGGAAUAGGUGGUCAACAACUUGGCACAAUGGUGUUCCUCGAACGAAAAAACACAUUCAUGGACAAGAUCCGUCGAGACUUCUUUCUCACAAUCAGCACAACACUCGGCAUGAUACUCGGACCCAUCUUUGGGGCAAUCUUCGCUCAUCGCCAAAGAUUUUACGCUUGGGGCUUCUACGCGGCGUUCAUCAUCGGAAUCGUCCUCUUCCUCAUACUGGCAUACCUUCUUCCCAACAAACUUGACGUCGUCGGGACAGGACAAUGGAGGUGCGGAAACACAAUGGUCUGGCGAAACCCACUGCUGCGCGUCGACGUUUUGGGCUGUAGUCUCAGCUUCAUCGGCAUCAUGUUGCUCUUUAUCGCAUUCAACUUCGCAGGCACAGUCACACUCUGGUCCAACAAGAACUUGUACAUCACCAUCGGCAUCGGCGUAGCGUUCGUCUUCCUCCUAGUGUUGCAACAAUCCCUGCAGGUCUUGUCGUCGCCCUCGACCAACGUCUUCCCAACACACUACCUGCGCAGUUUGAAGACCACAGCGCUCUUCAUGACCGUCUUUCUCACAUCCGGGAUUGUCCAGACCGUCUUGCCAUACACGGCACUGUACCAGCUCGUCACGCGCUCUGGCCCGUCGGCGCUUUCCACGGCAUUCUACCUCUUCUUCAGCAUGACGGCGCCAAUCUUCAUUCCGAUACUGGUCAUCCACGUCCAUCUCGGCGGCGGCAUGAUCUCCAAGUAUGCCGUCUGGCCCAGCUACGCGCUCUGGACACUGAUCUCGUCCGUCUUCAUCCUCACCGGGACGAUCCUGCUGUUCAUCAACACACCGAACCUCAUCCCCACCUCCACAGGAGGCAUUCCAACAGUCGCUCGAGAAUUCGCGCUUGCCUGCAUCGGUUUCUGGUCCUCCGUCAUCCUGCCGAUCGCGCAUCAGAUCAUGGACAUCUACCAGCCUCUUGCGGGGCAGACACACCCAUACCACAACCGCGCCUUUGUGCUGUUCGCGUUCUGGCUCGGCGCGGCCGUCGCCUUGACCGCCACAGGCUCGAUCUUCAUGCAAGAAGGCACGCGUGCGCUCCUCCCACUUGUGCUCGGUCCGAAAUGUGAACUCAAAGACUUUUGCGAGGAAGACGCGCGCAUUCUGAUGCUGGGAUACACGUUCGUCAAAAGCCACACGGAUGAGAUCUUCCUGCCCAGCAUCGCGGUUCUGGAGAAUACCUUUGCGCUGGCCUUCGCGCCGCAAUUGCUCUUCGCGGUCGUCUUGUUUCUUCUUGCUGCGGGUAUGAUGGCCAAGAAGCUGCGCGCUGGCGGGCUGGGUGCCGUGCCGAAGGAGUGGACGGUGCAGGACGAGAGCGCUGGUCAGGACAUUGAGCUGACCGAGCAAGGAGGCCGUGGCGCUGCUGGAGGCGAGAGGCAGGAGGCGGAGGCCUGGCCUUUGACGGCCUAG